CCUCGCCAGUGGCGCCUGAGUCACUGAUGGAGGUGCUGUGGGUUUGCCAACUGCUGCAGCAGUUUACCUGGUGACCGAGUGCGUGCGAUGGUGCUUUGUGCAUAUAUGCGAUGCUCACGCUAGUGCGUCCUGUGACAUUCAGGUCCUUUAUUAAACGAUAAGAUAAGACAAGGGUGUUGGUGAGUUAUGAAUGAGUCGGUGGCAUUACGCCAGUGCGUCAAGAAUCGGCAGGGAGUAACUACCACACCAAGAUGCUCAUAAAGGAAUUUCGGGUGCCUCUACCACUCAGCCUGGAGGAGUACCACCUGGGGCAGCUGUGGGCGGUGGCGGAGGCCAGCAAGAGGGAGACAGGUGGAGGGGAAGGCAUCGAGAUGCUCAUCAACGAGCCCUUCACAGACCACCCGCUGCUGGGGGGCAAGUUCACCAGCGGUCAGUACACAUACAAGAUAUUCCACCUCAAGAAGAAGGUGCCGGCCUUCAUCCGCCUACUGGCGCCAGAGGGAGCGCUGGAAGUGCACGAGAAGUCCUGGAACGCCUACCCUUACAGCAAGACCCUCUACUGCAACCCCUACAUGAAGGACGACUUUCUCAUCAGCGUGGAGACCAUACACGCGGCGGACAGAGGCAACACGGAAAAUAUUCACAGACUAGCGAGGAAGAAGUGGCAGAAAGUGGAAGUAGUGAUGGUGGACAUAGCCAAUGACCCUGUCUCCUCUGCUGACUAUAAUCCCGACGAGGACCCCACCAAAUACGUUUCAAUUAAGACUGGUCGAGGACCUCUCCGAACUCCACACUGGUGGCUACAGAGCGAGCCAGUGAUGACAUGCUACAAGCUGGUGUCUUGUGAAUUCAAAUGGUUUGGGCUUCAGGCGAGAGUGGAGCGCUACAUUCAGGACUUUGAACGUCGCAUCAUCACCAACUUCCACAGACAAACGUUCUGUUGGCUGGACAAAUGGUAUGGGCUGACCAUAGACGACAUCCGCUGCAUCGAGGACCUCACGAAGGAUGAACUGGACCAGAAGAGACGAGAGGAUGGAGUAAGAGGGACGUUGGGAUGAGGACAUCUCACAGGAAUACGGUGCAGAAGUUUACCAGUGGAUGCAACGGCAUGGUGGAGCAAUUACUGGGUACUAUUUACAACAGAUUAUUUGUUGUAUAAUAUUGUAAAAUGUAAGAACUCAUAAAAUUUGCUUUAACAUUAAUAAACAAGCAGUGAUAGAAUAUAAUCAUAUAUAUGUACUGUAUUUUAUGAAAUUUGUGAAAUUUUUUUAUAAUAAAACUAGCUAUGGAAUAUUAUACAGUUUACACUGUAAUCAUGUUUCAAAUAUAGGCCAAAUAUUAAACGAAAAUAUUAUGAUGAGAUUUGAUAAUGCUAUUUUUUUAACUUCCUAGUCUGUAGAUGAUCUCAUAUGAAGUCCCUAGCUUAUUUUAUAAUAUAUAUUAAUUUAAUGUU